AUGAACGAGCCAAGGGAAUUCAACACUCAGUGAGCCCUCUUUGGGAAAAACUGCUGGUUUGGAAAAAUUCAGCAAAUUAGCAAAUUAAGAGAUAAAUCAAAAUAAAGAAUCCAAGCGUACCAUAGAGAACUCAUGCUCAAAAGGAGCACUAGUAAGUGUUUAUAUGAAUGUAGAAUUAAUACUGGACAGCUUUGGAAAUUGUAGGUAGAAUAAAAUGUGAUUGUUAAAUCAACCUAGACACAAAAAUCAAUAAACCAAAAAAAAAAGAUGUAGGGAGGAAGAUGGGAGGGAAAGGAGAGUAGUAAAAUUCUCAUCUUUGAAAGUAUGGAUCAAUAAAUAUGGUUUAAUAGUAAAAGGUGCUGUGAACAUAUAAUACCCCAACUUUCUGAUGUCUCUGUCACCUUUUCUUUGAAACAUUACGAAGAUAUUUUAGGAACUUAUUCUUAUCUAAAGAGAAGAAUAAUUCUAAUUCCAACAAUUCCUUCAGUCUUUUGAGUUUUCUUUCCCAAGUAUAGUUAAAUUUAGACAGAAAUGGUCUGCAUGUGUGUUAGGAAGGCCCUAAAUACACAUGCAUAGAAAGAUCUCUGGGAUUAUGUCCACCUAAUGUUAAUGAUGGAAAUACCUGGAUGCUGGAAUUUGCACUGUUACACAUUUUUAAUUUUUUUAAUGAGCACACAAGAGAAGUUCUACAGAAAUAAGAAAGCCAUUUGAAAACUCAACUAGAAACAAACAUGCCAAGAUGUUAAAAUAACAAUGGUUCGUCUUGGGUGGUAGAAAUAAGGAUGAUUGUUACUUUCUUCUUUCUAUUUUGGGGGGUUUUCACCCCUAAUUUUUAGGAGAAAAUAUACGUAAUUGUAUUUGUGUAGGAUUUCCAAGUCCAGUCCGUUCAUUACUCAUUGACUACCAAUAUUAUGCCAGAUAGAAGAAGAGACCCUAAUGUUCUCCACCAGGAGACUGGGAAGCCUCAAACUCCUUGAGGGUUGGCCAUCUGUCCAUCUGUUGGAGGAGUUGGAAUUCAGAGAGGAAUCAUUUCACUUUCUAGUGUCUACUUGAGCAGGGCCCUGAAAGGCAGCAGGGUUGGCUGAGGUGUCAGAGGUGAGGGUUGCUCCAGGAGCAGUGGAGCAGGGAGCCAGGGAAGGGUGAGGGGCACCCAGAGAGCCAGGGCAGGGUGAGAGGCACCCACAGCUGGGCACCUGUGUGGAGCAGUGACUCCUGGGAAGAUCAGGAAGGCUGAAAACAGCCUUGAAUUCAACCCAAGGCGUGGGAUGCCUUGUCAGGUGACAGGGAGCUGCGGACUGGGCUGGCUGCAGAAUGUGCUGGUCCCAGAGCAAAAGGAAGAUGCAGGGUUUGCGUGUCUAUAGAGCAAGAAGCACCACGGAAGGCCCUUAACUAUAAAGCUUUUUCUUUUCUUCCAUUGUCUCUGUUUCCCAACUUGUCACUUUCAUUUUUACAGUGUAAUAUCACCCCAAGUAAAAAAAUAAAAUUUUACAUCAUUAGCAGGCAUUUCCCCAUUCUACUUUCUGCUGUGCAAAGUCAGAUCUAAGAGCAUUUAAUUCGUAUGGGGAAUCACCAGAUUACAUAACUGGCAUCUCACAGCACAUUUUAAGAGGGUACCUCGAGCUAACCAGAAGAAGCAAACUUAGGCCAGACUUGGGGAGGAGGAAAGAGGUCCCUCCAGGCACACCCCUGCCCCAGAGGCAUUUGCUCAUGCCCCAGGGUUACCAUCGGGGCCAGCACAGCUGUCUGCAGCUGCCCGAUGCCACUCCGCCCCUUGCGACUCUGGGCACACAUGCACUUGGGACCUAAGGGAGCUGGUCCCCCGUCUUGCUAGCCGCCCUGUACCCCAGCCUGGGUUGGGCUCAUCCAGCCCAGAAUCCCUCCUUCCCAAGGACCUGCUGUCUCUCAACCCCAAUAUCCAAAGGUCUUUAUUGUUUUUUUAAGAUUUUAUUUAUUCGUUCAUGGGAGACCCAGAGAGAGAUGCAGAGACAUAGGCAGAGGGAGAAGCAGGCUCCCCCACAGGAAGCCCAAUGUAGGACUCGAUCCCAGGACCCCAGGAUUAUGACCUGAGCCAAAGGCAGACGCUCAACCACUAAGCCACCCAGGUGUCCCGUCCAAAGGCCUUUAAACCUCUGCCCCUGGACGUGCUAGGUACCUGGGUCAAGGCUGACCUGGAUGCUCAUCCUCACCAGUCCAGCUAGCUGCCCCCCUGGGCGAGGCCAGCCUGGAACACGGGCAACGUCCACCCUGCCAGGCCCCCAUCCUGCCUGCUUCCCCACCAGGAGGGCAUCAAUACAACAUGGCACUUUCCAGCGAUGUGACCCAGCUGGUACCCCACUCAGAGGACAUCAGCAGUUCCCAUUGUAGAGAGAGAGGCCAGACAGGGCCUGGGACCCCAUCCCAUGGGGGAAGGAGGGCAAGACCGAGUGUGAGCUGAGGCUCCCAGCUCACCAUGGAUCCCUCUGUCCCAUCAGACUUCGUCAACAAAACACAAGUUCAAAAAUAAGAUCAUUAGGAAUUUCAAGCCAGCCCCAGGAAGGCAGCAAACCAAGCGCGGAACCCUUCUGCCUACAGGACCCAGGAGGGAAAGUGAGGGAAGAGCGAACAGAGAUAAGAGUAACCACAGCUAUGCCUUAGGGAGGUUGAUCUGCAGUCAGGGUGAGUUCUCAGGCGCUUCCUUAACGAUUCCAGGCAGGAUGCCAAGACAGGAAAUUAGAUCUUCUAAACAAGCAGGAAUCUAGUUACUAGACAUUGGGUUGGAAGUGGAGUACAGGUCCUCAAGAGCAAAGAAGGAAAAGACACAUUCCCCUGGCUCACAGGGGGUGAGUGACUUAUAAUUGUGUAACUGCGUGUGUGUGUGUGUGUGUGUGUGCGCGCGCGCACACGUGCCUCUCAGCUGCUGAAGAAAUGAAGUGUUCUACAGAUGAGAGCAAAGGUGAAGAUGUGCCACCAUCAGGAAAGGACAGAGGGGUGAGAGGCCACAGGGCAGAUGUUCAAGUGCAAGGGGGUGCCACCCCCAUGUGGCAUUCUGCGCUCCAGGUGUGCCCACAACCGUGCAGGCCGCCUGCCGGGGAGUAAUGGUGGGAGAUGACCUCACACGUCACAGAGCUCUGGAGAUGUUCUCAGUGGGCACAGAAUUGUGGCAUAAGUUGUAGGCAGAGGUGCCUGGAUAGCUCAGGGGUGGUGGAGUCUUCAGCAGGGUUGGCAGUUUUAACCUGGAAUCCCUUGGAUUCUCUAGGAGGGCACCCUGGUGGGACCUGUUGCCCUCAUAAUCAAGAGGAAUUUUUUUUAAUUAAUUAAUUUAUUUGACAGACUUUUUUUUUAAUUAAUUUAUUUAUUUGACGGAGAGAGAAAGAGUGCACAAGCAGGGAAAGGGAGAAGAAAAAGGCCCCGUGCAAAGCAGGGAACCAGACACGGGGCUCGAUCCCAGGACCCCAGGACUAUGACCUGAGCGGAAGGCAGACGUGCAACCACUGAGCCCUCCAGACGCCCCCCAAGAGGACUUUUUCAUUUGUUUUGAGCUUGAACUAAAGUCUGCUACUUUGUGGCCUUUUUUCAGUCUCAACUUGGGGCCUGAGGCUGCUACAGGGUUGGGGAGUACAAAACACCCAGAACCUAUAAGACCCAGUAGCUUGGGUGGAGACAGAAGCCCUGAGGCAUAAAAUUCAGGAAGAAUUUCUCAGCUUGGAGUGAGGAAUGUUCCUGACUGUGACUCAAAAUGCAGAUGCCAAGAAAGAAAAAAGCUUUAAAACUGAAAACAUACACCUCAGAAACUCAUGGGUGAGAUUUUUUUUUUUUUAAGCCAGCAUGAGCAAAUCAAAGGGCAAGUUGACAACAGAGGAGAAAAAGAUGUAAUUUGUAUCACAGACCAAGGGCCAGGUUCCCUCAUACUUAAAAGAGUUCCUACAAACAAACCGAUAAGGAAACAAGCUACAACUCAGUAGAAAGAUGAGCAAAGAAACACACAGUUGACAAAAAAGGAAAUACAAGUAGCUCUUACAUGUAUGAAAAGGUAGACAAGUCAGAAUAGAGAGAUAGAAGUGUGUGAGAGUGGGAAAAAAUUGGUUUUUAUUUACGAAUUUGGUUUUCCAAAGUCCAAGAGUGGGGUGUCUGGGUGGCUCAGUCAGCGAAACGUCUGCCUUGGGCUCUGGUCAUGAUCCCCGGGUCCCGGGAUCGAGUCCCUGUAGGGAGCCUGCUUCCCCCUCUGCCUGUGUCUCUGCCUCUCUUUGCGUCUCUCAUGAAUAACAAAAAUAAAAUCUUUAAAAAAGAAUAAUAAUUACCUGCUUCAGCAUCUGGAUCACCUCAUACUGAUUUCCUUUCAGAUGUGAAAGUAAAGAGAAGACUUAAUAACCAAGAUGGUUUGGAACCAGAAUGCUUCCCUGGUGAGACCACAGAAUCUGUAUCUUGUGGUGUGUAUCAGCUUUGUGUUUGGCGUAUCAUCUGCGUUUCCUGAUUUGUCGGAUAAAUUUUGCACUUUCAAGGUGACUUUUCAAAAUUUCCGGCUAAUCUUAUCAUGGGAAUUAAAAAACCAUUCAGUUGUGCCAGAUCGCUAUACAUUACGGUACACGGUCAUAAGUAGACCAGACCAGGUGAAGAUUGUUGAGCACUGUUCAAAUACCACAGCAUCAUCUUGUGACCUAACAGACGUGUGGGAGGUCCUGCCCGAGACCUACGCCAUCAGAGUUGAUGGAUUCAGAGGGAACACAACGCUGGUCCAGUGUAGCAGCGAUUUAUUCCUGGUAACACACAUGUCUUUGGAAUCACCAGAGUUUGAUAUUGUUGGCUUUACCGACCACAUUAAUGUCCUAGUGAAAUUUCCACCUGUCAUUCCCAAGAUACUAGGUGGAGGAGUAUUAGAGUUUUACUUAUCACUCAUCAUCGAAGAACAGUCAGGGAACAUUGUCAAAAAGCAUAACCCCAAACUAAAUGAAAACAUCACUGGAAAUUUCACUUACGUCAUCGACAAGUUACUUCCAAACACCAACUACUGUGUAUCUGUUUACUUUAACCCUAGAAAUCUGGGAGCAGUACAUAGAUCUCCAGUAAAAUGUAUCCUCCUUCAGCCUGGACAAGAAACAGAGUCAUCAGAAUCUGCCAAAAUAGGAGGAAUAAUUACUAUGUUUGUAAUAGCGGCUGUCAUCGUAAUCACCAUAAUAAUACUGAAACGUGUUGGUUAUAUAUGCUUAAGAAAUCAUUUCCCCAAAGUUUUGAAUUUUUAUAACUUCUCAACCUGGGUAUUCCCUGAGAUGCCACCAUUAGAAACAGUGGCUUUCGUGGAGGUGAUUCACGUUAACAGGAAGAAGAAAGUGUGGGAUUAUAAUUAUGACGACGAGAGUGAUAGCAAUGAUGAUACAGCAGCCCCUCAGACAAACGCAGGUGGCUAUACCAUCCAUGGACUGGUGGGCAGGCUUCUGGGUCCAGCCUCUGCCUCCUCGGCCACCCCAGAGGACUGCAUGGAGCCGGACGCUGAGGAACCUGACCCAUCGGAGCCUGACACUGACAUUGACACUGAGCCCCUGGUGCCAUCCGGGCCCAGCCCGGGGCAGUCAGAAAGCACAAGUGGGGCCUAUGAGUGCAGAGGGAAGCAGCUCCAGGAUCCCAUUACUGAGGAGGACAGCUGGUCCACUGGAGGGUCUGGGGACAAAAUUACCUUCAAUGUAAAUCUAAGCUCUGUUUUCAUGAGGGUCCUCGAUGAUGACUCAGAGGUCCCUCCAGGGCUACCAAGUUUUCCAGAAGAGACAUACAACCUACAGGAGUCCCACAGACUGGAAACAAGUUCGCUGGCGGCCAGCGGGGAAGGGACACAGCCCCUCUUCCCCACCCCCUCUGCAGAGUGCCAGUGGCCUGAAGAUGUUCUUUCUGAUGAAAGUGACAGUUCUGAAUCAGAUGUUGACAUUGGAGAUGGCUAUAUAAUGAGGUGAACCCCCAAAUAUUUCCAUGGACUGACAGAUACCUCCAGAGUUUCCCUCCAUGCACUGUCACUUGCUCCUUUGUGGUUUGCAAGUGUUCCCGCAGGGAUGGUGUUGGAGACCAAGGUGGGCGCUCAGGGUUCCUGGUGACGUCGUCUAUGCAAAGUUUAUGCAAAUUACCAGCCUGGGAGGAGAGUCUGGAAUUCUAGGACUAUUCAGCACAAGUCCCAUUGUUUACAUGUCCCAAGUGAUGCACUUUGAAGGGGAAAUGUCCUGUCCAGUCCCUUUACUCUCCUGCCUUUAUGUUUCUGCAUCCUAUCUCCCAGAGUAAGGAGCAGGCUUCCCUGGGGUUUGCAGGGGUGGUCCAGGGCCCUACAAGAUUUCUGGGAAAUCAUGAAAUUGGCCAGGGUGGGAGUGGGGAGAGAAAAGCUAGACGCUCAGUAUGGUUGAUAGAGGGAGCAAUCAGCAGUGUUGAGUCCAGCAGGCUCAAGGAAGGAGCCAGAAGGCAGGCCGGAAAAGAGAAGGAAGGGAAGGUAGCCAGAGAGAAAGGAAGGGGACCUACAAAGAAACAAAAGCACAGGUUCCAAUUUGGAAAUAGGGAAGGUCCGCCCAGUCUUAGGCUCCUCCCAGAUGUCACAUUCUGUCACCUACACUCAGAGAAUUGCACCCCUGGCCGUUUGUCCAGAUGGCCUCAACUGGAGUCUGGAGGAACUCCAGUCUGGAGGAAGACAAACUCACACACAGAAAUAACUCUAGCAUCUGGCAGGUGACUAAUAGGAGACAUUUGCAUGAGGGAGAGGGGUAGAGACUCAGAGCCAAACUGUAAGAUUAAAAAAAAAAAAAAAAAAAGAGCGAGAGAACAAAUGCAAAAUUGUUUCAAGGUCUUCAGAAGAAAUAAGGCAUAAAAUUCCCGGAGAUCCUAUUUAACAAUUUAAGAAGCGCUGUGUGCACUGAUUCCACAUGUCCUGUGUGUGACCACAGUUCCUGUGGAUGGUGGGGAGGGGGAAGGGAAGUCCCAGAACAUCAUGGAGCAAACCAGACAAGAACUGGGACUCAGGUCUGACUCAGCUGCUAUUUCCCUGUGGGACCCUGGGUACUUUGCUUUGCCUCUCUGAGCCUGUUUCUUCAUUUAGGAAGCAAGGGGAUUGGACUAGGUCAUCUCCAAGAUCCUGUGGUGCUAGGAGAAAUAUUCAAAAAUACACAGGGUUGAAGACUCCGGUGAAGGUGCUGCAACCCUGAGAGACCCCUCACAAGGUGAAUCAACUGUGUGGGGCCUCCUGUCUCGCUCCCUUCGCCCCAAGAGCCAACUUCUCAGCCCUUUCUUCUAGAUCCAUCCCAAAGGGGAAAAACAGUUAUGAGUCCUAGUUCAAGGACUUUGAAGAGACUACUAUUUCUAUAACUGUUCUCAGUAGGAAAGGGACUUUGUCGUGUAGAGUCCAUUUCUCUGCCCUCUAAGUUAUCUAUCAUAUUUUGAAAGAGUUCCAGAGUGGUCCUUUGGAAUACCCUUUAUAUGGCUGCUUUUCUGUGUGUGUUUCCAUUUUGUAUCCUGGUCUUCAGUGGGUGAAGGAUAAUAAAUACUUUUUAAUACAU